GACAUGGAACCCAGAAACCAAACAGGAGUUUCAGAAUUCUUUCUCCAGGGACUGACAGAGGAUCCAGAACUGCAGCCCCUCCUCUGCAGCCUGUUCCUGUCCAUAUAUCUGGUCACCAUCCUGGGAAACCUGCUCAUCAUCCUGGCCGUCAUCUCUGACACCCAUCUCCACACCCCCAUGUACUUCUUCCUCUCUCACUUGUCAUUGGCUGACAUCUGCUUAAGCACAACCACAAUCCCAAAGAUGCUGCUGAACAUCCAGACACAGAAUCAGAGCAUCACUUACACAGGCUGCCUCACCCAGGUCUGCUUUGUCCUGGUUUUUGCAGUUUUGGAAAAUUUUCUCCUUGCAGCCAUGGCCUAUGACCGCUAUGUGGCCAUUUGUCACCCCCUUAGGUACAUGAACAUCAUGAAUCCCCGCCUCUGUGGUCUGCUGAUCCUAGUCUCUCUGUUCCUUAGCGUUGUGAAUGCCCUGCUCCACACUCUGAUGGCGCUGCGGCUGUCUUUCUGCACACACCUGGGAAUCCCCCACUUUUUCUGUGAACUCGCUCAGGUGUUCAAGCUGGCGUGUUCUGAUACCCUCAUCAAUAACAUCCUGUUAUAUUUGGUAGCUAGCCUAUUUGUUGGUGUUCCUCUCUGUGGUAUCAUUUUCUCUUACACCCAAAUAGUCUCCUCUGUUCUGAGAAUCCCAUCGGCUGGAGGAAAGUGUAAAGCUUUUUCCACCUGUGGGUCUCACCUCUCAGUUGUGUCCUUAUUCUACGGGACAGGUUUUGGGGUGUACAUUAGUUCUGCAGCUACUGAAUCUCCCAGGAUGAUUGCAGUAGCUUCUGUGAUGUACACUGUGGUCCCACCAAUGAUGAACCCCUUCGUCUACAGCCUGAGAAACAAGGACAUGAACAGAGCCUUGAGGAAGCUCAUUGACAGGAUAACUUCUCUUCUGCAAUUGUCUCCUAUGAUUUGA